AUGUUCCGCCCCAGUGGAAGUGGCUUCCGCCAGCGGAUGGCUGGCCUCACAUUGAAGGGUGCUCUGUAUGCCUCGUGGAUCCUGGGCGUGUUCCCCUUCACCUACGACAGCUGGACGAGGAAAUUGCAUCGUUCCAAGUGGCUAAUGGCGUAUGGCCUUGUCUUGAAUGCGGCAUUCAUUCUGCUGGUGGUUACAAAUGACACGGAGAGCGAAACGCCGAUGAAAAUGGAGGUGUUCCACAGGAAUGCCCUGGCAGAGCAGAUCAAUGGGAUUCACGAUGUUCAGAGCCUUUCAAUGGUUUCCCUGGUGCUGCUAAGAGCCUUCUGGAAAAGCGGAGAUAUAGAAAGGACCUUGAACGAACUGCUGGAUCUCCAACAUCGCCACUUUCGUCAUUAUUCUUUGGAGGAGUGCAGGGGCUUCGACAGAUCAGUCCUAAUUAAAGGUGUCGCUGUGAUCCUGGAAAUUAUAUCCAUGUUGAUUUUGGAACUGGGAAUGUCGCCAAAUUUCAGUCGUCAGCUAUUCGUAGGAGUAACUAGCUUGUGUUUCAUGUUACUUGCUGUUCUCCUGGGAGCCACACACUUUCACCUGGCAGUGAUGUUUAUCUACCGAUAUGUGUGGAUUGUGAAUAGGGAACUGCUCCGGCUGGUAAAUAACCUGGCGAAUGGGGAAACUGUGGAGUCUGCCAGGGUGGACUACCUGCUCGAUCUGUACCAUCGCCUUCUGGAACUCAGCGAUCGACUGGCCUCCAUCUACGACUACCAAAUGGUCCUGGUGAUGAUCAGUUUCCUGCUCGCCAACGUUCUGGGCAUCUACUUCUUCAUUAUCUACUCAAUUACCCUCAAUAACGAGCUGGAUCUUAGAUCAGUGGUCUUUUUCCAGGCAUUGAUUAUCAAUAUGUUGGAUUUUUGGCUCAGCAUUGAAGCUUGUGAUUUGGCGGAGAGAACGGCAAGGCAAACUUCCACCAUACUGAAGUUAUUCAAUGAUAUCGAGCAACUAGAUGAGAUGGUGGAAAGAAGUAUCUCCGAUUUUGCCCUAUUCUGCACUCACCGCAGGUUGAGAUUCCAUCAUUGCGGCUUGUUUUACGUCAACUACGAUAUGGGAUUCCGCAUGGCCAUCACCAGUUUUCUGUACCUGCUGUUUCUCAUCCAGUUUGAUUAUAGGAACCUGUGA